CCCCGCGAGCAUGCCCUUCCACACGAUCCUGUGCGACGCCAUCGGCGGGCGAGCUGCAUCGGGCACGCGCGGUGGGAGAAAGCUCCGGGUCAAGCGUCCGAUCUUGCGAGGUCGUCGUCGUUCAGGAUGCAGCUGAUCUCACCAUGAAUUGGAGUACGGAGGUACUGGCAAUCGACAAAUGUAGAUUGAUGCGAGGGCGGCGAAAGGAGGUGGUGGUUGGAGUAGCAUGGCGAAGCGCGAUUUGGAGGAGGUUGUUGAAAUGUUGCCCGCGGAGGAGAUUCAGAAUGAUACGAUGAUGCUGAGGUCGGGUUGGGGCUUGGAGGCGCCCAGCGCGGGGUUGCUUAGACAUGGAGGAAGUAGAAUGACGUCUGCGAAGGUGCAGGGCGAUGGUUUUGUGUGUGUUGGGAGUGUAAAGCUGCGAUCGACGGCCUCGGGUGCCAUGAAAACGGAUGUGGGUUUGCAGCAGGAGGCUGUCGGUGUGGGGGCGGAAGACAGGGACCGGGAAGAUGGGAAUCACCGUAAGGUCUUGCGGUUCCAAUCGGAGGUCGCUGCCCGAGGCGUGCCUAGGUUGUCGUCGCAGCGGACGCCUUUAGCGGGAGCUGAGCACGGGCGGCGAAGGACCUUCUCAGGCCCAAGCCAAUUUGGAGGCGGUGGUCCUCUUCGUCAAGGUUCUUUUAAAGAGUUCACACAGGACGUGCAGGCCGCAGCCGCUGAGACCUACUUGAUUACUCGGCUCGCCCUCACGCUUUUGAAGUUCCUUGGAGUUGGAACGCGAUGGAUCAGCAAGUUCAUCCGUCUGAGUCUAUAUGCAAUGUUCCUCAUGAUAGGCUUUAUUCAGGUUGGAUAUUCUUAUUAUUAUGACCCACGUAUACAUCGAAGCCUUAUAUAUGGAGAGAAACCUCGGAACAGGUUCGACUUGUAUUUACCGCCCGACACUGACAAAUUAAAGCCGGUAUUUAUAUUCAUAACUGGCGGAGCUUGGGUUAUUGGGUACAAGGCGUGGGGAACUUUGUUAGCGCAACAACUUGUGGAUUGUGAUAUCAUUGUUGCCUGCAUUGAUUACAGAAAUUUCCCGCAGGGCGGCAUCAGUGAUAUGAUUUCUGAUGUUGAAACAGGGAUAGGUUAUGUCAUUCAGAAGCUUGAGAGCUAUGGUGGUGACCCAAACAUGGUUUACUUGGCAGGUCAAUCUGCUGGAGCGCAUCUUGCAACUUGUGCUUUGUUGAAGCAAGCAGAGAAAGAAAUAACUCAAGACCCAGCAGAUCUUGUUUGGAGGUCAUCUCAAAUCAAAGAAUGUAUGGCUAUCUCAGGCGGAUAUAAUCUCACGAAGCUCGUGGAUCACUUUCAUAAAAGGGGUCUCUAUAAAUCAAUUUUCUUAAGUAUGGUGGAGGGGGAGAAGUCUUUGGCAACCUAUUCUCCAGAACUCAUGGUGUUGGCACCUAGUUUCAGGAAGGCUGUCCCUCUGCUUCCUCCCAUUACCUUGUACCAUGGAACAGCAGAUUACUCUAUCCCUCAUGAUUCUAGUGUGGCGUUUGCGGUUGCUUUGCGACUGGUGGGUGCACGUGUCAAUACAGUUUUUUAUCCAAACAAGACGCACACGGAUUUGUUUUUGCAGGAUCCAAUGCGAGGUGGGAAGGAUGAGCUGUUGGCAGACAUUUUGGCCGUAGUGCAUGCAAACGAUGAGGAAGCGAAGGCGGAAGAUGUCAAGAGGGCAUAUUGUCGUCGAAGACUUGUGCCGGAAUUUCUUCUGCAACUUGCCCGUUUGGUUAGUCCCUUUUGAAAAGAAAUUCCCAUUGACAUCUCUCAGCGUCAAUUCUAGAUAUUGAAGUGUAAUGUAGUGAGUGGCACACGAGUGUUCACCUUUGUAACUUGUGGUGAGCUCAUUUUAAUGUUACUUACGAGUCAGUCCAAUUAGUAGCAAUUCCUAGUCGAGUUAAAGGCCAUUGUAAUAACAGCAAUAAAUGUUGGCUCUGAGUUUUCUACAAGAUGGAUUUUCCAUUCUAGCCAAGCAGGGUUAGAGUACUGUACACCAUAGCUGGUAGGAGUUAUAGUGUCUGUCAAUUUCAUUUUUUGCAACUUAUUGUGGUAACCAUCACCAAACACUAGAGAUGAUGCCGAAAACAAAGAAUUUUAAUUUAGACUUCAAUCAGCCAGCCAGCUACCUCACAGUAUUCAAGUAAGUAAGCAAAAAACCCAACGUGUUCCUGUUUAGUUUUAUAUACUUCAGGUUUGCCAAAAAGACCUCUAGGACUCGAAUGAUUCUCGGUUUCCAAACUAGGUUUCUGUAAUGCUCUUCUUGUAAAUAAAUUAAUGCAUAAAGAUUUUCCCCCUCUA